AUGAAGCGUUCUCAUAAGGAGGUUUGCGUGUCCUGGAUUCGGAGAAGGGAUCUUCAUCUUUUAACAGUUGGGACUGAGACUUAUAUCCAUGAUGACAGAUUCAGUGCCGCUCAUAUAGAAGGAGGUCAAGACUGGCCUCUCAAGAUCAGAUACCCACAGACCACAGAUGCGGGGAUGUACGAGUGCCAAGUUAGUUCCGAUCCGAAAAUUACAUUUCUAGUUCAACUCAAUAUUGUCGUACCAAAGGCAGAAAUUCUUGGUCCGCAUCCAAUGUAUGUGAAGAUAGGCAGUUCCAUCAACCUUACAUGUGUCAUUAGUGAAAGCCCAGAGCCUCCAAUGUUCGUUUUCUGGUAUCACAACAAACGAAUGAUCAACUACGACAAAGAGGGAGGAGAGAUAUCACUGCAGAAGGCCAGCGAUGAUUCCGCCAUCAGUACUUUGUACAUAAAAAAUGCUCAACCUACUGAUUCCGGGAACUACACUUGCGGACCAUCCAACGCCGAGGCCACUAGUAUUUCCGUUUUCUUUCUACAUGGUAAGAAACCAGCAGCGUUUUCCUCUGGGCGAGACAAAAUGCUCAGAAAAUUGCAACUAAAAUCCCCUAAGGACUCAGCUGAUGGCUCAGUAGGAGUUUGA